AUGGACGCCCAAGAUGCUACUCUCAACUCUGCCUAUCAUGGUCAAACCCAUGGAAUUACGGCAGCCCCGACACCGAACAUGGCAGGAACAGAAAAGAAGUUGAAUACUGUUACAUCAGAAGAGGACGAGAUCCGCCAGAUGACGCUAAACACAGCAAAUACUUCCCCUAAACCUGCGCAAUCGCAAAGCACAGGAAUUGUAACCAAGCAACCGAGCAUGGUGCAAAACAUGAAGCCAGAGAACUAUGUGGUCAAACCGGAGAAUCUUGGGGAGUCUCCCGAUUAUAUUGAUUGCCCUUACUGCAAAUCACGCCAGAAAACUGAAGUUCGCCAUCAAUCUACCAGCCAGACAUCGCUUGCGGCUGCUGUCUGCUGCCUCUGCUGUGGCAUACUCCCUGUGUUUAUACCGUUUGUGUGCAAUUGGUGCUCUGAUCUGGACCACCACUGCGAAAGUUGCAAGAAGCGUGUUGCGCACCAACCACACGAGGGGAAGAUGGAGGCCGUAUUGCCGCCAGUCUCUGCUGCGACAACCGGAGCAGACUCUAGAUAUCAGUUAAGUCAGUACGCCGACAUGAGCAAGCAGUCGCAGCAGAAACUGGAACCCACAAUCGCCUAA